UUAUAUCUAAACACGUGUCAGAUAAUAUUAAGAUACGGAACUUAUAAGCCGCCGAUCAACUAAGCCAAGCUGAAAGCUUAACCUCUAAAAUACUAACCCCAAGACAAAAUCCAGGCACAAACCCAAUACUUAACCCAAACCCGGUGUAGCUUACCCAGCCGCGCCACGAAAAGGAUCUCUGCGCGUGCGUCCUUCUCUUGCAUUUCUUUUCUUUCUGAAGAACUCUGUAGUCUCUCAUGGCGUCGAGUACGGCUUGCUUUCCGUUUCACUACCACCAGCAUCAGCUAUAGAAGCAACUUUGUUAGAGUCAGAGGAGCCGCAACUAUCGAAUACACAAGUGUAUAGUAACUAUUUCAUUCAACGGUGCCGUCUAGAGGGAGAUCUGGAUUUCGGUUUUGAAGUUCUAGCUAUGGAGGAGGAUAAUAAGGGAGAGCUAGUACAGAGCCUGAUCGAUGCAGUUAACGAGAUAUCAUCGAUGUCCGAUUACAGGUCUACUGUUAAGAAGCAGUAUUGCAAUAUGGCGAGGAGAUUGAAGCUGUUGACCCCAAUGUUCGAGGAGAUUAGGGAAAGCAAGGAAGCGAUUCCAGACGAGACCGUUAGGUCUCUGGUCUCUUUAAAGGAAGCCUUGGAUUCUGCUAAGGAGCUUCUCAGAUUUGGCAGCGAAGGCAGCAAGAUUUAUCUGGUCCUGGAGAGGGAGCAAAUAAUGAAUAAAUUCCGUGAUGCGACAACUAAGUUGGAACAAGCUUUAAGUGGAAUUUCGUAUGAAAACCUUGAUAUAUCAGACGAAGUUAAGGAACAGGUUGAGCUUGUUCUUACUCAGUUCAGAAGAGCCAAAGGAAGGGCAGACUCUCCCAAUGUUGAGCUGUAUGAGGAUUUGUUAUCCCUUUACAACAAAACCAACAAUGCAGCAACAGAUCCAGCUGUGCUGAGGAGAUUGUCCGAGAAAUUGCAAUUGACAGGGAUAGCUGAUCUCACACAAGAGUCACUAGCUCUUCAUGAGAUGGUUGCUGCCAGUGGUGGAGACCCCGGAGAGAGCAUUGAGAAGAUGUCAAUGCUAUUGAAGAAAAUAAAGGAUUUUGUGCAGACAGAAAACCCCAACAUGGAUGGUCCUGGUCCUGGUCCUGGUCCUGGUCCUGGUCCUGGAAGAGAAAAGAAUCGUCCUCCAAGUGGCAGUGCACUUCCUUCCGAAGAGAACCUCAGGGUUCCAGUAAUACCAGAUGAUUUUCGAUGUCCGAUAUCCCUGGAGUUGAUGAAGGAUCCUGUCAUUGUUUCAACUGGGCAGACCUACGAACGUUCCUGCAUUGAGAAGUGGCUGGAUGCUGGACAUGGCACAUGCCCAAAGACACAGCAGACUCUCAUCAAUACCGUUCUUACACCCAACUAUGUGCUUCGUAGCCUCAUAGCCCAGUGGUGUGAGGCCCAUGGCUUUGAACCACCAAAACGACCUAGCAGUUCUCGACCAAAUAAAACCACAUCCUCAUGCUCACCUGCUGAACUCACUAAGAUUGAAAUUCUCCUCAACAAGCUCACAUCUGGUAACCCUGAGGACCAGCAGUCUGCUGCUUGUGAGAUCCGCCUUCUUGCCAAACGAAAUGCAGAUAAUCGCAUUGCCAUUGCUGAAGCUGGUGCAAUUCGUCCUCUUGUUGAACUCCUUUCAACACCUGAUUCCCGCACCCAAGAGCAUGCUGUUACUGCACUUCUUAACCUUUCCAUAUGUGAAGAUAACAAAGGAAAUAUUAUAACUUCAGGGGCUGUACCAGGAAUAGUACAUGUGCUUAAGAAGGGAAGCAUGGAAGCUAGGGAAAAUGCUGCAGCCACCCUCUUUAGCCUCUCUGUUGUGGACGGAAAUAAGAUAACAAUUGGUGCCACAGGUGCCAUUCCCCCACUAGUGACACUGCUGAGUGAAGGUACCCAAAGAGGGAAAAAGGAUGCUGCAACAGCACUCUUCAAUUUGUGCAUUUACCAAGGGAACAAAGGAAAGGCGGUAAGGGCUGGAGUUGUGCCCAUAUUAAUGCGGCUUCUGAUGGAACCUGGAGGUGGAAUGAUGGAUGAGGCAUUGGCCAUACUGGCAAUACUAGCCAGCCAUCCUGAAGGGAAGGCAUCCAUUGGAGCUGCUGAGGCAGUGCCAGUUUUGGUUGAUGUUAUUGGAAGUGGAUCACCAAGAAACAGAGAGAAUGCCGCUGCAGUCUUGGUGCACCUUUUUUCUGCUGACCAAAAGUAUUUGGUAGAGGCUCAGGAGCUUGGAGUCAUUGUUCCACUGUUGGAUUUGGCACAAAAUGGCACGGACCGGGGAAAGCGAAAAGCUGUACAGUUGCUGGAGCGUUUGAGCAGGUUUGUUGGCCAGCAGAAGCAGGUCCAGGCACAAGCUGAGGCUCAGUCUCAAGCACAACAGCCACAACCAUCCUCCACUGCGAAUCUUAUGGAUAGCUGAGGUUUUUCCCCUCUAUUUUUUCCUUGCCUCGGAGGGAAGGGUGGAAGAUCACCCGCCCCAUUCUGCAAGUGAUUCAUUUGGUCGUGUGGGAUGAAAAUUGCACUUGCAAGAUGUAUUCAUGCGAAGCCAAUCGAGGCCAAGAAGAAACGAGUGAAUAGAAGGUAUGAGUGACUGGAAUGUACGGGAAUUGUAUCACUACAUAUAUACCAUGUAUCAUCGUUAAUCAUCCUCAGUUUUUAUCGAGAGAUGUUUCCUUAUGUUUGAAACAAACUAUUAGUGGAAAUGAAAUUCUCAAGCAUGUUUUUGAUAGGAA